GCGAGCGCGUCUGCUGCGGCUGCUUCGACGGCCGUCUGGAGGAGCGUUUCUUGGCGGGCCGAGAUGGCGGACGUGCUGGACCUUCACGAGGCGGGCGGCGAGGACUUCGCCAUGGACGAGGACGGCGACGAAAGUAUCCACAAACUGAAGGAAAAAGCAAAAAAAAGAAAAGGCAGAGGUUUUGGGUCAGAGGAGGGCUCCAGGGCCCGUGUUCGUGAGGACUAUGACAGUGUGGAGCAAGAUGGUGAUGAACCGGGUCCUCAGAGAUCGGUGGAAGGUUGGAUCCUCUUUGUCACGGGCGUGCAUGAGGAGGCUACUGAGGAGGACAUUCAUGACAAGUUUGCUGAGUUUGGUGAGAUCAAGAACCUCCACUUGAAUCUCGACCGGCGGACAGGCUACCUGAAGGGUUACACGCUGGUGGAAUACGAAACAUACAAAGAAGCUCAGGCGGCCAUGGAGGGCCUGAAUGGGCAGGAUCUGAUGGGGCAGCCGAUCAGUGUGGACUGGUGCUUUGUCAGGGGACCGCCUAAAGGAAAACGAAGGAGUGGCCGUAGAAGAAGCCGCAGCCCUGACCGGAGAAGGCGCUGAGGGGCCUCCCUUCGGCAACUCCCGCACUGCGGGUGCCUCUGGCCUCCCCUUCCUCGGCUCCCUGGCUGGGCUCCAUGGGGGGUGGGGGUGGGCACAGUCGGGGAAGUCUUGGCAAAGGGGAGGGAGGGUCCCAUUUAUACCAGGAGGUGAACAUUUGUCCUAAUUGCCACCUGUUUAAUUUGUAUUUGACUAAUCAUUUUUAAUUCUUUUUUCUCAACCUCUCGACUGCUGUAUCAAAUGACGAGAUUUUCUGUUUUUUGUGUCCUUUGACUGUGCCCCUUUCUGAGUUUGUACACAUAUUUCUGGUUCUAAGUCUGAAAUGGAUCUCUGAAACAGCAUUCAAAAUAAAACGCUAUGUUUUUUUUAAAA